AUGAUAACAAAGAGCAAGCACGCAACUCAGCACGCCGCAGACUUGCGUGAAACAUUCAAUACCCUCCGCAAACACCAAAUGAAGCUCAAUCCGGACAAGUGCGUAUUCGGGGUCACCGGAGGAAAGUGUCUCGGCUUCUUGGUAGACGAACGGGGCAUCGAGGCAAAUCCAGACAAGAUUCAUGCCAUUCAAAACAUGAGAUCCCCCACCUCCGUAAAAGAAGUACAAAAGCUCACGGUGUGUAUUGCUGCUUUAGGAAGAUUUCUUUCAAAGUCUGCGGACAAAUGCUUGCCUUUCUUCAAAACGAUAAAGCAACAGAAAUUCGAAUGGACCGCGGAAGCAGAAGAGUCUUUCCGCCAGCUUAAGGAACACCUAUCGGCCUUGCCAAAACUAGUUUCGCCCAUCAACGGGGAAAAGCUAGUCUUAUAUGUCUCUGUCUCCGAAUACUCGUUAUCCGGAGUGCUUGUGGCGGAAAGGGAAAGGAAGCAGCUCCCAACAUACAAUGUGAGUCACGCAUUCCGUGGCUCGGAGGGGAACUAUUGCGAAGUGGAAAAGGUCAUAUUUGCAAUAGUGAUGGCAAGCAGGAAAUUGAAGCCAUACUUUCAGUCCAACCAGAUCAUUCACUUCCCCCCUCCUGCUGAACUUAAUCAAGAAUGGAAAUUGUAUGUAGACGGGUCUUCAACACAAUCGGCGAGUGGGGCCGGGCUCCUCAUUGUGUCUUCCGCCGGGGUUCGUAUGGAAAGGGCGGUCAGAUUCGAGUUCGCGGCGUCCAACAAUGAGGCCGAAUACGAAGCAUUACUGAUGGGGCUGAAGAUCUGCUAUGAGGCAAGGGCUAAAGAAUUGGCCGCAUUCUCUGACUCGCAAUUAAUAGUGGGGCAAGUAAAAGGGGAAUUCGAGGCUAAAGAUGAUAGCAUGAAAAUGUACCUGCAGCAAGUGAAGAACUUUGUUCCAAAGUUUGACAAGUUCACGUUGGAACACAUUCCACGAUCCCAAAAUGCCCAAGCCGAUUCUCUAGCAAAACUUGCCAGCUCAGCAGAUACUUCCGCGGCUCGUGGUAUAAUCUGGGAAGUGCUCCCUAACCCCAGCAUCAAUUUCAUGGUCAAUACCAUCGACAGAUCCGAAACAUGGAUGGGGCCAUACGUGAAGUACUUGCAAGAUCAGAUGCUCCCCCAGGACGAGAAUCAGGCCAAAAUGCUCCAGAAGAAGGCCAAAUGGUUCGAACUUCACGAAGAAACGCUCUAUAAAAAGUCAUACACACAUCCCCUUCUGAAAUGUGUUGCUCCUGAAGAAGGAAACUAUAUCCUACGCGAAAUACACGAGGGUGGAUGCGGAAUACACCAGGGAAAAGACGCGGAAGAACUGAUCCAACGGUGUCCUGAAUGUCAGUAUCACUCAAAGAUAGGGAGGAAGCCCUCUAAUUACUUGACCGUCUUGCAAGCCAUCCUGCCCUUCGACAAGUGGGGUAUGGAUCUCCUCGGCCCCUUUCCACCAGCAAAGGGGCAGCGCAAGUUCAUUAUUGUGGCUAUUGAUUACUUCACCAAGUAUGUAGAAGCAGAGGCUCUUAGUUCAAUCACGGACAAGCAAGUCUGUCAGUUCUUAUGGCGGAACAUCAUCACAAGAUACGGCAUACCCCGGGUGAUCAUAACAGAUAAUGGAAGGCAAUUUGUCAGCAAAAACACCAUCGAGUAUUGCGACAAAUUCCACAUCCAAAUCAGAUUUAGUUCUGUCUCCAGGCCGCAAACUAAUGGUCAAGUCGAGGCCGCCAACAAGGAGAUACUAAAUGGUAUCAAAAAGAAGAUAGAAGGGGUCAAGGUGGAAAUAGGAGUACCCUCUACAAGGGUCAUCUACUACUCGUACGACGAGAACGAAGAAAGAAAAAGAGCAAACUUAGACCUACUACCAGAGACAAGAGGAAAUGCACUGCUGAGAUCGAUGGCCCAAAAGCAGAAGAUGAUUCGUAGCUUCAACCGCCAUGUGAAAACAAGACGUAUUCAGGUCAAUGAUCUCGUCCUCCGUAAAGUCGAAGCUACUGGGAAGAUAGCUGAAAAAGGAAAGUUAGGGGCCAACUGGGACGGACCUUUCAAAGUCACCCGCGUCAUCAAACCAGGAACGCAUCGACGUCCCCCUCGGCGUCCUGGGUCGGCAACAGAGGAGAUUCGGCCGCCCCCUCCUCAAGACUGGGAGUGA